UAGGGAAGACACAAAUUAAUUUCAAAUUUGAAUUAACAUUUGCAGUAAAUGCCACAGAACAUAGGGGAGUUUAAAGUCAACUGACACAUCUGAACUUUCUGGCUGGUCCAAUAGUUGAAUUCAACAAAAAAUGUGGACAGCAGCCAAGGCUGCUGUAAGUACAGUGCAGAUACAUAACAAAAUCUGCCUUCCCCCUCUAGUUUCCUCCACCCAUUCCUGAUUUUGCUUUCUCUGAUCUCUAAUCACGACAGAACUUUGUUUUUCUGUGUAUAGGUGGAGUCAAAUAACUUUUGAGGAGGGGAGGAGGGGAUUCUUAUAAAAUCUGAUGCUUACACAUCCUGUAUGAGACAGCUUGGUUUGUUCAGACAGCCAGAUUGUAGUUCAGAUGACAAAGAUGACCUAGUGGUUUGCAGCACAACUCAAGAACUUACAUACAACUGGAACCUUCCAGUGAAGGAAGAGCUUCAUAUCCCAUACAAGACUUAGCUACCUGGAAAAGAUCUGUUAAAAAACCUCUUCACCAUCACUACCACUCCAGGAAAAAAAAAAAAAGAAAAUACAACCCAAAACCCAGAAGAGAUCUGAGAAUUAGAAAAUAUGCAGGCUAAAGACAGCAAUCCACCAGAUGGUGGCUAUGGAUGGGUUGUGGUAGUGUCAGCCUUCAUGGUGAUGGGCCUCACUGUUGCCGUCCUCAAGACUUUUGGUCUGUUCUUUGUUGAAAUCCAGCAGCACUUUGAUGAACUUGCAAGCACCACUUCUUGGAUCACAUCAGUAACUAUUGCCGUCUUUCAUUUAGGAGCCCCUGUUGCCAGUUCACUAUGUGUACAAUACUCCCAUCGGACAGUUAUGAUCACUGGAGGACUUCUGGCUUUUUCAGGAAUGGCACUGGGAUUUUUUGGAUUCAACAUGGUCUGGAUGUAUGCAACAACUGGCUUCCUUCAGGGUCUUGGCAUUUCCUUUUCAUGGACACCAGCCAUUAGCAUUGUUAGCCAUUAUUUCUCCAAGAAAAGGGCUUUGGCCAAUGCUAUUGUCAGUGCUGGAGAAUGUGCCUUUGCAUUCACAUUUGGGCCAUUUUUCCAGUGGUUGAUUAGUCAAUAUGGAUGGAAAGGUGCUCUCUUGAUCAUAGGUGGCAUUCAACUCAAUAUUUGUGUCUGUGGAGUACUGAUGCGACCCCUAGCAAGCAGCUGCCUCCUUGAGACCAUUCACUGUGAAGCUGAAACUCCACCUGGCAACAGUGCAUCCAGGAUAGACAAAGAAGAUAAGUCUCCCUUCGUACACAAAACCUUCAACUGGAUGCUUGUGAGAAGACCAGAAUUUAUGCUUUAUGCCAUUUUUGGCAUAUUAGCUGCUAUGAGUUUUUUUGUUCCUCCAUUAUUUUUAGUUCCACUUAGCUACAGCCUAGGAAUAGAUGAAUCAUGGACUGCAUCCCUCCUAUCCAUUUUGGCCAUGGUGGACUUUGGAGGUAGAUUGCUGUGUGGUUGGUAUGCCAACCUCCACRUUACCAAAACCAUUCAUUUGCUGGCGAUGACGAUUACACUGAUCAGUACUUCCCUGAUGUUGUUGCCAUUGGCUAACAAUUACCUUUCCUUGGCAAUAUUCACUGGCUUCUAUGGAUUCUUUUUUGGUACAACWGUUGCCAUUCACAUUACAGCACUGGCAGAUGUUGUAGGCAUGCCAGAAUUUGACAGUGCUCUAGGGCUGUUCAUGCUCAUACGAAGUACUGGAGGUUUUGUGGGGCCUCCUCUUGCAGGUCUGAUUGUGGAUGUGGUUGGAGAUUACAGAGCAGGCUUCUACAUGGCAGGAGCCACUCUUGUCCUAUCAGUUGGAUUUUUAGUUACUUUAGAUCGACUCCAAGAGAGAAAAAAAAGAGGAAGCCAGACUAGAACUAAACCAGAAAAGUCAACAUUACCCUACCCUUCCUUCCAUCUCCUGAAACAUCAAACCAGAAGGUACUGAGAGCAUGAUGUAGUGCUGUGACUACAUGAGACCUCUGACAGCAUUUCAGGACAUAUGGAAGUGUUUUAUUUUGCCAAACUCACUAUUAGUAGGAUUUACAAAAGAGCAGACAUUUCAGGAUAUUUGAAACAAAGGAAGAAAGUAAUUACUUUACAUGCAAACUAGAGCACUACCCAUUAUCAUAUUAUUUUGAUAAUGAAGUUGCAUUGCAUUUACUUGGGGUAGUAGUGCCCAGUAUUUAUAGCAAACAAGUUGCAUAUGAAAGCAUGAAUACCUGAAUACAGUUUKGAGCCAAAGGGUUUGCAGGUACUCUACAAAGCAGGGCUGGAUUAAAUAAAUAAACCUGAUAAAAGCUAAAAGUUACAUAAGGAAUAGAAUACUGUAGAGAGAAAUGCAGUCCUAGAUACCUGAAGUAAAAAGCAAAAUAUGCGCACAUAAAACAGAGAAGGAUUGAUGAACACUAGAGGAAGACCUAAGGCUACAGUGGACUUCAAACUGAGUAAGAAUCCCAAAUGCAAUCCUAUAUUAAAAAUAGUAAAUGUCUUUCUGUGUUGUGGUAAAAUAGAGGAGGUAAUGAUGCUUGCAAARCUUUAACUGGAAGAAGUACACGAGUUGCGAAAAAUUAAGUGAAGCAUAAAUGAGAAAAUUAAGAAAACGCAAUCUAAGGAAAAAGUGUAAGAAAUAAAAGUCUGGUUUAGAAGACAGAAAUUUUUACAGGGCCUUCAAAGCCAUAAUAGACAGAGAUAAAGAAGAUAUUAUUAAUUCCUUUCCUUGCUAAGACAAUGGUAAUUGAUAUCUUUCACAUAAAGGCAGAGUUAUGUAGCAGGGGAAAAGCUUCACUGUGGCCUGUUACGAUACAAUGCUGACUGUGGGGAGAAUAUGAAAACAGAGAUAUCAGACAAUAGGUGACACAUGAUCAAGAAUCUAAAUAUAUGUGCUUCAAAGUAGUGGGAUGGACUAAAUGACUUCCGGAGGUCCCUUYCUGUCCUACAUUCCAAUUAUCCUAAGGCAAAUACUUUGACUAAAUACUAUAUUUAAAAGAAUAAAAAUCUUCAUCCAAACGAUUGGGGUCUUUUCAAUUUUAUUUUAUCGAGGGAYGACAGGAUUUAAGAGAUAAAAGGCUGAAUCACACUUAGAAAGAAACAUUAAAAGGAAAAAACCCAGCACUUUAAAGCAUCCAAACUGUUAUGAAUAUUGUACCUGCCCUAAUUAUAAGUUUCAGAAAUUUUUAUCAUUGAAACACUUCCACUGUGAAGCCAAGUUUAACAUAAAUAAUUACAUCUUGUCUCAUAAAAGUUAAGUAUUUAAAAUUUUUAAUUUAACUUACAGGGAAUCAGUUGAACCAUUAAUAAAUCAACUACCUGUGAGGGCUUGAUUGCAGAACAGGCAUUGGAAAGAAUACACCUGGGUGGGCAUAGUCUUGUAGCAAGGCUCUAAAAUAUCUGGCAAAACCCUUUUCAAACUUGUCAAUUGAAAAAUCUGGAUUUUUCUAGGAGUAUUAUUGUUCUUCAGUCUUCUGCAAUGUUCCGCUACUUAAAAUACUUCUUUGUUUUAUAAAAUGAAAGUGGUAUUGCUGGAGGUGGGAAGAGAGGGGAGGUGUUUAACAGAUGCAGUUUCCACCUCUGACUUUCUGUUAAAAUUUUGUAUUUUAUUUACAAAUCCUGUCACUGAUUUAUUUUGGUAUGUCCUGAUGUUUGACAUGGGCAGUGAAGAAGGCACUUAGUGGCAUGCUGUGCUGUAUGAACAGAGACACAAGCAAUAGAUCAAAGGAGGAGAGUGAUUGUUCCCUUCUGCUCCACAGCUGGGCAUAAAUUUUGGAGCAGCAAGCACAGGAAAGAAGUUGAUAAACAUGAGUGGGUUCAGCAGAGGAUCACUGGGAGGCUGUGGAACCAUGGCUGUUCAGCCAGGGGAAGUGG